UUUAUGUUUAGGGUCUAAGACAUAAGUAUACAGCAUUGUCUUUGUAAUUGGCUUUGUGGACUGUUAUGUUGAGGUUCCUUUAUUUUUUCCAGUUUGUUUGGGUUGCUUAUGCUGUGGAUCGGGUGGAUCCGAACAUCAUUCCUCCUGAAAUCUACAUGCAGUCGGUGGUUUGGAGUGCUACAGUUCCGUUGGUAUCAUUUGAAUGUGUCGAGUGGCAUGCUACCGAUAGAUUUAGGCGACAGUUUGGUUUGGUUCAGGGACUACCUAGAGGAGUUUGACGAGGAUGAAGAAUCUCGUAAUGAUGGUCAUGCACGCACUCCGGAUGAAACCUCCAAAGGUUAUAAUCUGAGGAUUGAUCCACCACGUCGCAGUGCUAGUCGCUACACUCCAUCUGUCUUCAAAAAGGCGGCCAAGAAAUGCAAGAAUUUAGUCAAGGAUGUGAAGUGGGCCAUGAGAAAGUAGUUGCCUUGUAACUUAUUUAUUUAAGUAGUAAUCAGGUGGACCAUGUUGAUCAUUAUGUAGUAUGUUUUGAGUAUGUACGCACUACAUUUAUGUUGUAUGUUUAGAGUAUGUACGCACUACAUUUAUGUU